CCGCGAUCUUUUCUUCCUUCUGCUGACCCAUCUGCCGAACCAUCAAGUAUCUGUCUGACACCAUCGCGCCCUAGCCAUGAGCUUCAAAGGCUUUCAAAAGAGCCUCACCCGGGCCCCCCAACAAAUCAAAGCCAAGUUCAACAUUGGCGAACACACCAAGGACGCUGUCUACAUCGACGCCGAACGCCGCUUUCAGGAACUCGAGACUGAGACCAAGAAACUCCACGAUGAAUCCAAAAAGUACUUUGAUGCCAUCAAUGGCAUGCUAUCCCACCAGAUCGAGUUCAGCAAGGCCAUGACCGAAGUCUACAAGCCCAUCUCGGGUCGUGCCUCUGACCCCGACUCGGCCAUUGUCGAGGGCAACCCCGAGGGCAUCGCCGCCUGCGAAGAGUACGAAGCCGUCGUCAAGGACCUGCAAGAGACGUUAGCGCCCGAGCUGGAUAUGAUCGAGACUAGAGUUAUCCGUCCCGCCAACGAGCUGCUCGACGUCAUCAAGGUGAUACGCAAGACGGCCGUCAAGCGCGAGCACAAGAGACUCGACUACGACCGUCAUCGCACCGCCCUCAAGAAGCUGCAGGACAAGAAGGAGCGCACCGCUAAGGAUGAGAAGGCCAUGUGGAAGGCUGAGGGAGACGUUGAACAGGCCACCCAGGACUUUAACUACUUCAACGACCUCCUCAAAGAUGAGCUGCCCAAGCUGUUUGCGCUCGAACGCGAGUUUAUCCAGCCUCUCUUCCAGUCCUUUUACUAUAUGCAGCUCAACAUCUUUUAUACCCUGCACGAACGGAUGCAGCAGUGCGAUAUUGGAUACUUUGACCUGACGCUCGACAUCGAGGAGGCCUUCCACCAGAAGCGCGGCGAUAUCCAAGAACAGGCCGAAGCCCUAUCAAUCGUUCGCUUCAAGACAACUGGUCGCCCCCGACCAGUGAGAUAUGGAGCCAAGCCCGCACUCGAGGGCCCCAAGCAGCCUGCGCUGCUCACCCAGGGUGAAGACUCAAAGAGCCCGACCAGCACCAUCACCAGCCCCAAGAUUGGCGGAUACCAACGUCAAACCGAGUCCAACGAGGCCGCACCACCACCGUAUACUCCUCCAACUGGUGCCAAUGCCGGCCUGGCCGCGAUCGCCGCUGGCAAGAAGAAGCCCCCGCCUCCCAAGCCCAAGCCUAAGCCCAAGCGCCUAACAGCGCCUGCGGCCGAGACGGUCACGGCUCUUUACGAUUACGCCGCGCAAGCUGAGGGUGACUUGAGUUUCCGGACAGGCGACGUGAUUGAGAUUAUCCAGAGGACGCAAAAUGACAAUGAAUGGUGGUCGGGACGUCUAGAUGGCAAGGAGGGACAAUUCCCUGGCAACUAUGUACAACUUAACGGCUGAAGAAUCUGACCAUGACACCAUGUACGGCGGCAGUCCGGUCCGCGACAAGGCUUUCACUUACCUCGAUACCAUCACAACGAAGCGAAUCAUGUCAUCGCAACGCGCCCACGAUAGACGCUCAUAAAUGCAAGAGAGAAGCACCAGGUGGAGCUCUAGGGAUUCCAGGCGUAUGGGAGAAGUAAAGGGGGCGGACAAGAAAGAGGAAGGGCGCGUGACUGAUGUAACCCGGGAGCGAUAUCCCGGAGCCCCCUUGUAUCUGGAGAGCCUCUGCGGUCAAAGACGGGCAUUCCUGGCGUUAUGGAAGGACAUUUGCUUGACGUCUGCAGAAGCAGAUAAUUUAAAUCAUAUUGAUAUUUGAGGAUGAGUUUAGAGCCAUAGGCAGAACUCCCUGGGUCCCUGUGUUGCCCAAGGGGGUUGACCUGGAUCAGAAGAGACAAGAUUAUUUCAUAU